GUGGUGGGACGACAUAAUGAAAUUACAAGGACGUCGAAGUGCAUCGCUGAUAUAAAGGAACAUUCGAGGCGAAGAAGUAUGUUAAACCAGUUGAAAACAGUGCUGCGACAUGAACGCCUUAUUAAUUCCGCUCUUCUUAGCGUCCCUGUUCAAGGAUGUCCAGUGGAAGCACAGCCCAGAGUACACGUUCGACGUGGAAAUGAACAUCACGUCGAUCCCCAUGGAUCACGACGGCACUCACAUAAUAAACGCCAUGGCCAUGGACCUCUUCUGCAGACCGAAACAACCAUACGCGCUCUACUGUCGCCUGGACAAUUGCACGCGACAAACCACCGAUCCGACCGUCGACAACAAGGUAGACCUGUCGGAGGAUGAAUUCCGUUAUUUGUGCGGCGAGAAACCGUUCGAGAUCCGUUUCGACGAGCACGGGGUGGCGUAUUUGAUCGUGAACGCGGAUAUCCACACCUCGAAGCUGAACGAUCUGAAACUGAUCGCCGAGCGUUUCAACGUGGGUGGCUACUCGGACGAUCGUCGAGGAGGAACGUUCGACGUUGUGGAGAACACGACGAUCGGUCAGUGCGUGGUCAACAUGGAUGUCAAAUACUUCCCUUCCAAUCGGAGAUAUAAAAAAUUCUUGUACGAAAUGGGACCGAAGUCUCAGCCGAGCAAACACCGCGAUGAGUACUUGGUCAUCCAGAAGACGACCAACCUGAACAACUGCAGCCAUUAUGCUUCUUUCUAUUUUGGAAAAUACGGGAACAACGUUGUCGUCGAACCUGAUCUGCACUCUCAUUUGGAAAGCUCAGUUAGUCAUAUUUACAUGUCGAACGAUCGGUUCGUGUCGAUGUUGACCAGAACCGGUACGAUGGGGUCGGACAAAACGAACAAUCUCGUCGCAAUUCAUCAAUACAUACGUCUAUCGCUGAAGAACGUUAGAGAUGUCGAGGAAGAGCUAGUCACUGAAAUCGAAAAACCGGCGAAAACCUUCAUAGAAGUGAAUUCGGACGUGGCUGCAAUCCCGGACGAAAUGCUGAAAGGCUAUAAAAAAUAACACAUAAUAUCCACGCCCAAAGUCCUGAUGAUUGCUACGAAUAUUACUGGUUCGAUGGAAACCGAAUUCAAUACAUAUAAGGUGCAUUUUAGCACUGACUUUAUAAUAGAAACACCGUCUAUGUAGAUUACACAAUUUGCACAAUAAAAAGAAAACUCAAGAGAAUAAUCGUUGCAAGCUCCCAU